CCUGAUUCAUUGGAAAAUGCAUAAAAAUCUUCGAAUCGAAUUCUUAAAUUUCAAAAUUUUUUUUAUACAAUGAAAGUCGUUGUCUUGAUGUACUUGCAUCAUGUUAAAAAACAUUUUGUUCAAAUGUUUUGGUUUUUCAGAUUUUUCUUUUUUUUUAUUUUUUUUUUUUUCUAAAUUCAUUCUGUCAUUCUUCAUCAUUCAAAUUAUAAACAUGUUAUCAUCAAUGCUCAAAGAACAUCAACUUAAACAGAUUAAAAAACGUGAAGAAAUUGAACAAAAACGAAAUGUUGCCAUCGCAAGUUCGGUAAAAUUUACAUCACAAAUGGUUCAUCAUUUGAAUGAAGGUGUUGCACAAACAUAUCUGAAUCAACGAAAAUUAGACAACGAAACAAAACAACUAUAUACGAAUAUUGAACAUUUUUCACGUCAAACAAAUCAAUGGUUAACAUUGAUGAAUUCAUUUAAUGAUUCAUUAAAACAACUUGGUGAUGUUGAAAAUUGGGCUAAAGUAAUCGAGAAUGAUAUGCGUGAAAUAUCAUCCAUACUUGAAUAUGUUUAUAAAACGCCAACAACAACAACAACGACGACGACGACGACAACAACAACGUCUACACAGCCAAAUAGCAAAUAGAGAUGAUACUUUAAAAUUUUCAAAUUUCAAACUUUGAUUGAUUUAUUUAAAUUCAUGCAAAUUAUGUGUGUGUGUGU